AACCCUGGCAAUCAGAGAAGGCAAAUAGCGAUUAAUCUUUCGGCCUGUGGGUGAUAGUCCGCACCUUUUCAAUUACUGAACCCUUCUCUUGGGAAAUAACAGCUCAAACUUAAACGCAAAACUUAAACGGAUUUUUGCGAUUGGUCCCCGUUUGCUUGUAAAUUAUUUCCCACUGAAUCAUUGCUGCUGACUUCAAAAAAUGGCAGAGAUAAUGGUAGGAUUUGUAUUGCUAUAAUUAUUAAUAUUGAUAUGCUAGCAUUAUUAAUGCAUAUGCAAAGAUCUGAUCGAGCGGACAGUGUCCGAACUGAAGUUUGUUAAUAGAACAAAGACACCUACAGAAGGGACAUUGUAGUACAGUAGGCAGGGCAAGCGGGCAAGUGUUUCCUUGUCUCAGGAUGAACGGAGGAAAUGUGCGCAUCCAUGCAGCGCAGCGCAGCAGAGGGAGGGUGAGGGGAGGCAGCGCAAACAUUCUCACUCGCAGCGUUUAUACAGGAGCAUAAACAACAACAACCGAAAGCAAAACAAAACAAAAAACAACUGCACAUCUGGAGACGGAAAGAGCACGACACGGUAAAAGCGGCAAACCGCUGGCUGAACUUCCCCGGAGAUUUUUCCCAUAUGUGGACUCUCACCGACUGCACCGUGGACACUUAUUCUACAGGGGACAAUAUAAAGGAAAUCAUACAGAAGCUGGCUACAGACCCUUAUCUGCCAAUCCCAUUGAACUCCUGUCUGAUGAAAAUACAUCAUCUGGAAAAUAUUUCCUACAAACUAUGAAGGACAACGGCUUCAGAUAUUUUCAGUGAAGUAAUAUCUGAAGAUAAAGCGAAGCAUGUGUUCUGGCCUCUAGAUCAGGUGAUCAAAUAUCUGAUUAUCCAGAAGCCGACUGCUUCCAGGGGCUUUUCUGCUUUUUUAUGGCUGUGAAGGAGAGGAAAUGAGCACUGCAUGAGAAAUCACUGUUGUGGAUUACUGAAGAUCAAGCCAGACCAAGACCCCCUGAUAAGUAAUGAGAACUGUUAGGAGGAAUUACACCUAAAACUUGACCGAAUUUAUCCUGUUGGAGCAUCACUUUUGGCAUGCAUGACAGUUUUCCAGUCUUACUUUAACUGAUCCAGUAUUUCACCAAAGUAGCAAAGCAAAUAAGUGAUCUAUAUGUUAAUGGUUAUCUGAUGGUCGAAGCAACAAAAAUGAAUUAAAAACAGGAGAAACUUAUGGCCAGAUUUUGGUUUAUUUACUGCAGCUGAAUUUUCCCCUUUUGUGGAGAAAACGGAAUAAAGCUUGUUACUCUGGCAAAGUGAAAAUAGCUGCUGCUCCAAAGGCAAACAUUUUUGGAUAGAUUAACAUCUCUUAUUUUGUUUGCCUUGUUUUCCUGCUGCCUGGUCCCUGUAAUGUUCUAUCGCCUCUGGGCCCACGUAAAGCCAUGCCAGUGCCUGAGAUGGCUGUAAGUCCUUUGAAAUCUUUGCAAUGGGAGGUUUUCCCUCCAAUGGCUACAUGCAGAGUCUACUGCACACCUGUGCUGUGGAGCGACCGCCUUUAUGUGAUGGGGGGCUGCAGCGAGAAUGGAAUGCCUCUGGACUCUGUAGAGGUCCUGGACCUAGAGAGCCAAAGCUGGUGUCAACUCCCCCCAUUGCCUACUGCCAGGGCUGGGGCGUCAGCUGUGGCACUGGGGGACCAACUGGUGGUGAUGGGGGGCAUGGAUGCUCAGCAGAGUCCACUGUCAUCUGUGGAAAUCUACCACCCUGAUGAAGGCAAGUGGGAGAAGAAGACUGGAUUGGGACAGGCAUCAAUGGGCAUUACUGCUUUGGAGAUAGAUGGAAAGGUGUAUGCACUGGGGGGUAUGGGUUCUGACACCAGUCCUCAGGCACUGGUGAGAGUCUAUGAGCCAGUUAAGGAUCAGUGGUUGUCCCUGACCUCUAUGCCCACUCCCCGCUAUGGAGCCUUCUCUUUCCUGAGUGGCAACAAGCUCUAUGUUCUCGGUGGACGUCAGGGCAAGAUGCCGGUAACAGCUUUUGAGGCCUUUGAUCUGGAGAUGAAGAGCUGGACACGCUACCCAUGCAUCCCAAGCCGCAGAGCCUUCUCCAGCUGCGCCGCUACAGAGCGUGCCUUCUACAGCCUAGGUGGCCUGCAGCAACCCGGCCCUCACAACUUCUAUUCUAGACCACACUUUGUCUCCACUGUGGAGGAGUACGAUUCCGAACAGGGUGUUUGGCUGAAGCCCACAAGAAACUCCCGGAUGAGAGAAAAACGAGCAGACUUCGUGGCUGGCUGUCUCGGUGGAAGGGUGAUUGUUGCCGGUGGGCUGGGUAAUCAGCCUUCGCCACUGGCUUCAGUAGAGACUUAUAAUCAUGUGAAAAGAAGGUGGGAAGUUGUGGCUCCGAUGCCCACCCCACGCUGCUCCUGUACCCCUCUACAGACCACGAACAUGCUAUUCCUAAUUGGAGGAGUAUCACAGGGUCCCAGCAAUGCAGUGGAGGCCCUCUGUCUGCAAGAAAGUGUUUGACACACCAACCAGUUCUCUUGCACCUAUAAGGACUUUUGCUGAACUCUGCAGAGUAAGAGACAUCCAGAUAAAACUGCAGAGUCCUGUGUUACAUGAGUCCUCCUCCCACACAAGGCUGACAGUUCAGUGAAGACAAUCUACAGGCGUCUGGACAGCAACAUGAAAUUCGUGAUGGACUAAAGACUUUGAAGUCUCCUACAAGCAAGCAAAAAAACUAUGUAUACACGCAACGAAACAGGCAUGGGUGCAGAUGCCUUUGAACUGUACAUUGUUUUUUUCACAAUCAAAGCAGGGUACUUUUCUGGCUAAACUCAAAAGGAUCUUAGGGCCAUAUCCACCAUGCUGCUGCAGAGUUCACCUGCAGUAGCACGUUGAGCACUUUUUUCUAUUGCAUUAGAGAAAAAGCAAAGACGGCGUCGAUCUUUUGCAGGAGUGGAGGCGGAUGUCUGUGUGUUUUUGUACCUUCACAGCCAAGCAUGUGUGAAAUUCAGCACUCUCAUCUUUAAAGUUAGAAGAACAUGCCACUAAUAGUUAACAAUCAAUGCCUUGCACCGUAGCAUGUUAUGUUAUGGUUUAAGGCAGUAAUAUAGACAGAGUGAGUCAAAAAUAGACAGCAAUAGCAUUAGUAUUCUGGCACGUGUCAGAGCCCCAAAUAAUGCAUUUAAAACAUCCAUAAUGCUCCCUAAUUGAGCUCUUGGAAUGACAGCUGAUAGUUAUGAUGUGUGAUUUACAAGUGAAGCAGUUUUCUAAAAGUGUAGACUUGAGCUGCAUGAUGCUGGUGUCAUGCCAUGUUUACAGUUGGUUUAAAUGAAAAAGCUUGGUUGUCAUGUGAAUUCACAGAUCACAACACAAUUCUAUGAGGUAACACACAUUUACUGCUUGAACACACACACAAACACAUAUAUCACAUAUUUACAUAUGCUUGGCAUAUACUACACUGGUGCUGUUGUGUAUUUCACAAUGGAUUAUCAGAAAAUUGGAAAAGGUGCCUAGAAGGUCAACCAAUAAUUAGCUGAUUUGCAGAUUAAAAUAUACUAUUAAGAAAAAAUAGAGAUGGCUGCAUAAACACACAUGCGUUCUGUCCUUGAAUGACAAGAAAUGUCUUCUUAUACCAGAAGGUGGCAGUAGCCUGUAUUUGUACAUUUUAAAGAAGACAAAGUUUAAGACCACAAAAAAACCUGUGUUCCAAAUUGCAUAAUACCACUUUAAAUAGUAUGUCAAUAGUAUUUGUAUGUUGUCAGUGUCAGUAUCAGUAGUGGUGUACUAUAUACUUUGACAUAUUAUUUAAAACAGUGUUAUACAAUUGGUCAUGUAGCAUGCCACUGUGAAAGAACUGCCUUAGAAUGUAAACAGUGCUUAGCUAUUUAAUUACAAAAGUAUAGUUGGCUAUAUCUGAUAAUCAGACUUUUGAAAAGAGUCCUUUACUUGCUUUAAUUUCUAUUCUGUUUAUUAGAUUGGACAUAGCUUAAACUGAAGGACAUUUAACCACCAGUGUGAAUAGCUGAUGUGUAACAGCCCAGAGGCAUUAUAAUACCCCAGGCUUGUCUCACAGCCCACUCUUAACAGGACUCCUGGUACCCAUAAUAAAAUACAUACAUAUUCA